AUGAAGUUCUUCACCGUCGUCCUUUCGGCCCUCGCCGCCACCUUCGUCACGGCUGCCCCGGCUGCCGUUGUUGAGGAGACUUCCGCCACCGCCCUAAGCACCAUCGAAGCUCGCACCACCUUCGACCUCUCCCGGCUCAACGGCCUCCAGGGCUUCCAGAACGUUGACCUCAACUACCUUCUCCGCCUCAACCAGGUCAACCUCAACCUCUUCCAGCAGCUUGGUCAGGCCCAGAACCUCAACCUGCUGGCCUUCUCUCACCUCUUCAACGCCCAAGCCUUCGAUGUCCAGUCCCUUCUGCAGCUCCAGCAGCUCCACACCGUCCUCGCCUUCCACCAGCAGGGUCUCUUCAACAACCUCAACCUCGCCAACCUGCACCUCGGCGGCCUGAACCUCGGCCUCAUCCAGAACGUCCAUGGCAUCAACUUGGACCAGUUCGUUGACCGGAACGUCAUUGGCCGCGUCCAGCUCAUUGCCAACCAGCCCACCCACUUUGUGGUGCCUCACAGGCAGUAA